AUGCAAGCAAACCAGCCACUAUCGCCUCGUGUAGUCAGCAAGCGAGGUCGUAAUGCCCCUCGUUCCAAGAAUGGAUGCUGGACAUGUCGCACUAAGAAGGUCAAGUGUGACGAAGAGCGGCCCAGGUGUGGCCGAUGCCUGCGCCUUCAGCUUUUCUGCGAUUACGCCCCGCGCCAAUUUAAGUGUGAUAGCUUAAUUGCCCCUAACAAGCCAAGUGCAUCAUCCAUGCCGACUCAUUUACCAGAGCUUUCCAACAGCGCAUGCUCGAUAGAUCUCAGUUCUGCUGACCACGAGGCCAUCCGAUACUUCCGCACCACAUUUGCCAGCAUCCGCCACACCAAGAACCCGCAUUAUUCCAUGUACGCCAUUAUUUUCAACAUGGCACAGCGUGAGCCAAUGGUUAUGCGCGCUAUCUUGGCUCUGGGGAAUAGAGAACUGGAGUCGCGACGUCAGGGCAUUGAUAAUGGGUUGGCGGUAGCCGAUGGUCGGACUCGCAAGCAUUCCGUCUCACGUGUCCAACACUAUUCUGCGGCACUUCGGCUAAUGGCCGAUUCGCUGGGUGGCGGUAGCGAUGUCGAGAAUCGGCCGCUUGAUAUCGACACUAUUUACGCGACACUCUUUUUAAUGGUUGUGUACGAAAGCAAGUACGGAGAUGCCAGGUGUUCCGGACUGUCAAACCACCUUGCCGGGGCAGCCGUGGUCCUCAAGCACCACUUCCGUUUUCCGCUACAGAUGGCUAUCACUUCCCCUGAUCAGCCUAGUAAAGUGGCUUUGAUGCAGCGAGGCCAAGAGAACAACGGCCAAUCCUUAUCUUUAUUUUCAGCCCGCGUCCUCGUCUACUUGGCCACGCAUGAUGCGAGUGCCUCAACCUUUGGCCUUGGAGGAGAGAUAAAUGCUGCACUCAACCAAAUAUUGCCGACCCAAAAUCCUGGGGCAUCAAUGAUGAAUGGUCCUGCCGCUAGACUUCACAGAUUUUCUUACCCUCUGUAUCGCACCAUCUGGGGUAAUGACUAUCCCCAGUCGGAGCUACUAGAUGACGUUAAUAACCGAGACAUAUUUGCUCUCGCUACUGCCAGAGCUCAGCUAAGGUUCAUGGUGGCCCAGUUAGCGAAACUACACGGCGAGUUGGCACGGCAACGAUGUUUGGAGAUAGGGCUCUUUGUACAGGACGUGGAGAGUCGCUUCGGAGAACUGCUUGAAGUGGCAGGCCAAUUAUCUAUAGCAACGGACAGCUCACAACGACUGGUAGCAAAUAUUCGUAACAUUGUGCCACAGUAUUAUGCCACUCUGAUUGAAUUCGGGCGCGUGAAACGACGAUUAGGCUUAGAUGACUCCCCGCCAUCGGAAGACCACAUGCGCAAUAUUAUGAAUCUUGCUCUGCAAAUGUUCAAGCAUCAGGGCGAUGAGGCCUUGGUGCGCAUUGCAUGGCCUCUAUUUAUUGUUGGUCUUGAGACUAGUGAUGAACUGCACCGGGAAUGGAUUCUUUCCCGCUUCCAGGCAAUGGGCUGUUAUGGCAAAAAUAUACAACGCGCCCACCGCUUCCUCAUGACCGCGGUGAAACUAAAAGCGUUGCAUAUGAACCUGGGGGGUGUAAUGGAUCUCGAAAGAAUUCAAUCCGAGUCAGAAGAUCUGAAGCUAUUCGUUAUCUGA